UAGAAGGAACUGAGCACUUUUGAGACGCUCCCUAGGGUGGGAGAAGCCGGGCUGCCGGGCGGAAAGAGGCGGGACCGGGGCGGGCCUGGAGGGGAGGAGGAGCGAGUCCGGGCUCGGGCCCUUUCGCGACGCUCCCUGGAGCUCCCGGGCAGCUGUUCCGCGGUGCCUGCGGGAAGGAGGGAGGUGGCAGCAGCGGCCGCCGCCGGAGGAGAAAAAGGAGGAGGAGGAGGAGGAGGGCAGAGGCACGCACGGAGGAGAUGAGAGCCCAGCGCUCGGGCUAGGCGGCGGCCGGAGGAUGAGCAGGGACAGGCUGGAGAAGGGGCCGGAGGCCCAGGAGGAGGACUGAGCACCGCGGGGAGGGCAAGCUCCUCUGCAGCCCGCAGACUAGACGGAGCGCUGGAAGGGUACACAAUGCUGUGGUCCCUCUGGCUUCCUCUCCUGUUCCUGGCCCCUUGUGCCAGGGCCAUUCGCGCAUGUUUCCCAGGCUGCCAUUGUGAAGUGGAAACCUUUGGCCUAUUUGACAGCUUCAGCUUGACCCGGGUGGACUGCAGUGGCCUGGGCUCCCACAUUGUCCCUGUCCCCAUCCCUCUGGACACAACUUACCUGGACCUGUCCUCUAACCAGCUGGAGAUAGUCAAUGAGUCCAUGCUCACAGGACCAGGUUACACCACUUUGGUGGGCCUCGACCUGAGCUACAACCGCAUCACCAAGAUUUCUUCCACCACCUUCUCUCGGCUCCGAUACCUAGAGUCCCUGGACCUGAGCCACAAUGCCCUGGCAGCCCUGCCUGAGGAGAGCUUUGCCAGCUCUCCCCUGAGUGAAGUGGAUCUGAGCAGCAACAAGCUAACAGAGAUCUCCAUGGACACCUUUACUUCUCGAGGGCAGGGCAAGCCCCUCAACGUGGAUCUCUCCCAUAACCUCCUUACCCGGGUCAUUCGGCCACACCUGAACCGGGGCACCCCCAACAUCCAGAGCCUGAACCUCUCCUGGAACCAGCUGCAGGAGGUGCCUGACCUCCAGGGUCUCCCCCUGCGCUACCUCAACCUGGAUGGCAACCUCCUGAGCAGGGUCCAGGCAGGGGCCUUUGCCGGGUUGAAGGACCUCAUUCACCUGUCUCUCAGCAGCCUCCGCUGCUCUACAGAGCUUGCCCCAUUUGCCUUCCGUGACUUGCCAAGCCUCCAGGUUCUGGACUUGUCGGGCAACCCCAGCCUUCAGUCAGCCAGGGCUGAGGUCUUCUCUAGCUUGAACUCUCUGCAGGAGCUGAAUCUUUCAGGCACGGGGCUAGCAGUCCUGCCUGACAGGCUUCUGAAAUACCUCCCAUCUGUCAAGAGCAUCACCCUGGGGAAGGACAUCUGGUGCGUCAAGGUAGUCAAAGAGGGCCAAUACCAACGAGAGAUGAGCCGGACCAGAAAGGAAGUCUUGUACUGCCAUGAUGGCCAUGGCGCUGUGGCCAGAGCUCCUUAUGUCUUGUGAUAAACAUCACAGAUAUCACCAGGAGAGGUGGAAAUAGGGAAGACCCCUGGAGGGUCUGGGGAAGGGUAGGACCCACAUGGAGGUAGAGGGAGGAAGAAAAUCUACACCUCCCUUACAAGCAGAUACUGAGGCCUACCCUCAUGCCAUUUUUUUGGUAAGCCUGUCAAUUUAAUUUAUAUUUAUAUGUGCCAAUACCAGGUCCAACUCCUGAGAGAGAGAGAGAGAGAGAGAGAGAGAGAGUCUCUGUGUGUGUGUGUGUGUGUGUGUGUGUGUGUGUGUGUGUGUGUGUGUGUGUGUGAGAUGCCUUUCUACCUGUCCUGCUAUUCCUCAGCCUGGAGGCUCCCCCAUGAGGCCACUCUUGGUCUUGCCCUAAACAAAAAUUCUCAACAGGGGGCUUCUGUCCUGUAGACUCCUGGGUAGCACCUGGGACCAGUUAGAGAAUAUUGAGACCCAUCCAUCAGAGCCAAGGUGUGACAGGAAAACAUUCCUGACUCCAAGAUGCCCCUGACUUGGACAUCCCCCUUCUGACUCAGACAUCCCCUUUCUGGACUCUGAGAGAAGAGAUGGAGGUCUUGGGGAAUAUCCUCCCUGCCCAUGGGUCUGAGGAGACAUCUGAGCUUAGGCAGAAGUUCAGGACAAAGAGAAGAAGGAACUUCUCGAAGGCAAACAUGCCUGAGGGCAUGACCUCUCCGCUCAAAUAUCUCCUGUCCCUACUCCAGCAUUCCCCAGCUCACGUCUCCAACAUUCCCCUUAUUCUUGACUUAGAUAUCCCCUGACUCGGACAUCAUCCCUCUCCCCUCCCCCCAUGCCACCCACAGCCAUGUAAUGUAGCCUGUGGCUCGUUUGGUGCCAAAGUGGGCCCAGGAGCCCAUCUCUGCCUAUAUACCCUUGGUGUUUUUCCCAAAGUGCCUUCCCCCAAUGCCUUGACUCACACUGUGCUCAAGCAUCUUUCUCUUAGGGGGGUUUGUUUUGUUUCAUUUUGUUGUUUGUUUUUUUUUAAUAAUGGACAAGCUGAACAAAUAAAUCAAUAAAGAAGGUAGUCAUACUG